CCAAACACAACGUCUAUAGUCCAGCCAAUGGAUGCAGGCAUUAUAAAGAACUUGAAGUUUCACUAUAAGCGAUUGUUGAUGAAGAAGCGAUUGCUCUGCUACGAAACGGAAACGCCAUUUGCAAUUAACGUUCUUCACGCUUUAGAGUGGGUAAAAAUUGCAUGGGAAUCGGUUGAUGAUCAAGUCAUUCGCAAUUGCUAUUGCCACGCAGGAUUUCGCCGCGUGAGUGAAGGAGUGGAAGAGCCGCGUCUUCCGCAUUCCUUUCCGCUUUGGAGCAACGCAGAGGAUGCUGGUCUCACACAAGGGAUUGACUGGACCGAAUUCGUUGACGUAGACCAAUGUGUUGCUGUGGGGUCUAGCAGUGAGGGAGACUCCGUUAAUGAUAUUUUAGACACAGUCUUUCCAGAAACAAGAGAACCACUCGAUGAAAGCACUAGCUCUGACGAAGAAGAUGUCGAAGAAAUUGAUACUUCUCCUCCACCAUCGUUCAAAGAGGCUAUGACAAGCAUUGGAUCAGCAUUGGACUAUCUUCGGACAAUUCAAGGGUCAGAGGCAGAGUGCCUGAAAUUGGCAAAUAUUCGUGAGUAUAUGGUGGACCAAUACUUCAAAAACCAAAAGCAACAGCGCAUUGAACAGUACUUUAAACCCAUAAAUGAAAACUAGAUUGCUCACGAGUUGAUAUAUUAAACUAAAAUAAAUGUCAAACCUGUUAGUAAGCCUCUACAAGGCAUUUACUGUGCGUAAACUUGUACAUUGGGUUCAACGACACAUCGCAAAUAACGACCUAAAUAUUAUGCCCUUUCAGAUGUCGCUAAAUGUGAGGUUGACUGUACCAUAAUCAUCAUGUCAUUUUCAUUGAGUUAACUGCAGUCUUGUGCACUUGCAACAAGCUCUUUACAAACAAUAGGUGUGGUUUACGUUGUAGUGUGUGUGUGUGUGUGUGUGUGUGUGUGUG